CCACCUCGCAUGACCCACUCCAGACCAUCCAGCGACGAGCAGGCCAGCAGCUUCCCCAUCGGAUCCAGGGUGACGUAUACGUGCACCGAAGGCGCCAUCAAAAUCCCCGGGAGGUCGGACACGAUGGAGUGCCUGCCUGGCGCGCGCUGGUCAAAGCUGCCCGAGCCUAUCCCGGCUCCCUGCCCGAUCCUCGCUGCCCGCUCCCGGCAGCGAUGGGCUCCGGGCUCCGCCGCUCGCUCCUGCCCACGCUGCUGCUGGUGUUGCUGGUGCUGCUGGUGUUGCUGGUGUUGCUGCCCGAGGCGUGGGGUGACUGUGGGCCGUUGCCAAAUAUAACACAUGCAGAGCCCCCGGAGGAUGAGAAACAUCGGGGAAGCUUCCAGGUCGGCUCCAAAGUAAGGUACAGCUGCCUCGGAGGUUAUGUGAAACGUCCCUUGCUGUCAGAUACGAUACAGUGCCUUGCAAACUCCCAGUGGUCCAACCUCCCGGAGUUUUGUGGUCGUAGCUGUCCUGGCCCACCACGUGUGCGUUUCGCUAGAAUAUCACAAGAAGAUGGGAUGCAGAACUUUUAUCCUGUUGGUGUCUUGGUGAAGUAUUAUUGUCGCUCAGGCUAUGAGAAUACCACAGACCAGCUGCCCACCAGCACUUGCUUUGACAAUUUAACAUGGUCAGAAGUCCCCGAGCUGUGUCAGAGGAAAUCUUGUGGUAUUCCAGCAAAUCCAGAACAUGGCAAGGUUAUUACAAAUGGUCAUCUGUUUGGUGCAAGAGCAGAUGUAGUUUGUAACCAUGGGUACACAUUAAAGGGAGCGUCACAUGUCAUCUCGUGUUCCCUAAGGGGAGAUGGAGUUGCCUGGAGUCAAAUUCCAGCUUGUCAGGCUAUUUCUUGUCCUCCACCUCCAGCUAUUCCCAACGGGAAGCACGACGGCAACAGUAGGGAGUUCACGUACAACUCAGUCGUACUGUACACAUGUGACCCUGGGCUCCAGCUUGUGGGAAAUGAAACUCUGCGUUGUACAACGGAGAACAGUGUCGAUGGCAUCUGGAGUAGACCUCCUCCCGAAUGCAGGGUGAGGACUACAGCAGUGACAAAUCACACUGAACCCCUGGAAGGGAAUAUAGCAGAGAAUCGUUACUGGCUAGCAGGUAUCCUCAUCCCUAGUUGCAUUGUUGCUGCAAUAGCCCUUGGAAUUCUAACUGGGAUCAUCGUGAAAUGGAAAGACAAUAAAAACCAGUCUUAUAAUAUGCAUUUACAAAAGCAUGAGAUGAAGGGAAGGGAUCCACCGAUGCACCCAAAGAUAACAGACGAUGAGAAGCAGCCCAUGCUGUGGCGUUCCUAUUUUUGCCACGCGACGAGCUGCCACGUGUGUCCCACCUGCGAAGAGCAGCUGCACGCCGCCCUGGCCCCCCGCGCCGAGCCCGCGUGCGGCGGCUGCGCCGUCUGCGAGGACUGGCUGAGCGCCCGGCCCGGCACGCCGCGCACCUACUCGGUCCUCAGCAUUGGCGCCGGGGAGAGCCGAAACCCGACAGGCGUGAGCUCUCCUGCCAAAGCUGCAGAUGUGCUGAGGGCUGACGGCACAGGCGAAGCUGUUCCGGAGCAGAGCGAGGCAGAGCAGCCCAUGGACCACGAAAGCAACCAUCACGUCUGUCCCACCUGUGAAAGCUGGCUGCGCGCUCACCUUGGCCAGUGCGAAAGCCGUCCCGUGGCACCCGGGGAGCGACCGGGGGGGCCCCGCCGGCAGGACGAGGGCCCCCGGGGUCCCGUCUGCCCUCUCUGCGCCGACCGGCUGCACCUCUCCCUCAUCCACCGCGACACGGCGAGCUGCCCCGUGUGUCCCCUGGCCAGAGAGGGGACCCCGGCUCACCUCGUCCCACGCUGCACCCCCAGCUGCCACGUCUGCCCCGUCUGCACGGCGCCCACCCACGCGCACCUCUGCCAGGAUAAAUGGCGACAGCUGUAGCAUCCUUAGCGGCACAAACGUGGUCGGAGAGAAGGGAGAGUUGCUACACUAACUCCUGAUGUCAGGGAUGAAGUUCUAAGUGCAAUAAGGCAACCUGAAGCCCAGUGUCUGACUUCACAAUCAAGAAUUUCUUUGUGAAGAAGCAGGAAAAUCAAACAUACUUCAAAUCCAGCUGGGUGUUGGUUUAAUGUCUACGUUUUAAUUUGUUUUGGUACGGAAAAACUAUUUCUGCAGCUCUUAAAGUGAGGCUUUAAAAAUUCAGUAAACGUUUCUUUCCACUAGGAAAAUCAUUUCAUAGUAAACACUCUCUUUGCACAAUCUUGCAACAUUCACUUAUAUUUUUAAAACUACUUUUUUACUGAGGUUCCUUUACCAGUGUGUAGAUACGAGUG